CUGGACUAUAUAAAAACAAAGAUCGACUUCUUUUUAAACCACACCUUUUGGGGAAGUGGAAAACAGCUUGCGGAGUUCGAUAUUUAUUCUACAAAGAAGAUAUGCCUUGGUCUCGUGCUCAUCACAUUUGCUGUUCCCUCGGAAUGCGUCUCAUAUCUGUGCAGUCCUAUGAAAAAUUAAUCUGCUUAGAUAGCAUUUUAGGGGAAGAACAGUACGGAUACUGGACUUCUGGAACGAACAUGAAUUGUUCAAAUCAGCGAUACCGUUGGUGCUCACCUGAAUUUAGAGACUUCAUCAAACCAAGUUUAAAUCUCGACAACAGCACAACAAACUUCCAACUAUAUUUUCCGUACCCUCCUGGUUCGACUUCCAAAUUAUGCGUGGUAUUGAAAAAAUCACCGACUUUGGGGCCAAUUUUGACUGUUGAUAGUUGUGAAAUGUCGUUUCGGAAACCUAUUUGCGAAGGUCGCGUGAAGGCGCAGUCACAUCUGCAAGAGGUUUUCAAUGAGUGCAAAGCGACGCAUCGCGUCACGCAACGGGACAUUGAAAAAUUCAACAACACCGACAUUGAACGUUCUUCAUUCAAAAUGAAGUGUUUUUCGAGUUGUAUCGCGGAACUUCUUGGAUUGGUUUAUGAUAAUGGAGCGUUUUGGGAAGAUGAAGUUGAGAAAGCGAUUAAAAAAGUAAAAGAUCCAAGAGCGCUUGAAGAUUUCCGUUCUCUCAUGAAAAAAUACCCUGCAAGCUUAUUUAAGAAAGCAUCCGAUAAUUUGAAUGCCCUGAGAAUGAUGCUUAUAGAGCAGAACAAGGAAGAAACUUGGAAAUCUACUUUGUUCAUUAACAUGGCGCUUGAAAAGUUUUCGGAAUGCAAUACGAUCGUUCGAUCAAAUAAGGAGGUUGAAUGCUCAUAUGUAUAUAGUUUCCUCAAAUGUUUUACCAACGGUUCCACAUCAUUGGAAAAAUUCUGGAACAGAGAUUUACACAACUUAUUUGAUUCAAGAGAAUACGCUUUGACAAUAUCACAAAUGCCUUCCGAUUUUAUGACGAUGGAACAUCUUUCGAAUUACUAUUAUGAAAAUUAUGGUGUAACAAAAAAUAAUGACUACUUGAGACUUCAGCAAUAUAUUGAAUAUGUUGAUUCCCAGUCUUUCUCAGAGGAGUUCACUGGCUCAAUGUGCACCUUUGAGCUAUUAAGACCGAAAAAUUUGACUUUGAAUGACGCUUGUUUAACAAAAGAAAAAUAUUUUGAGUCCAUUACAGGAUUUGAUGACAUCUUAAAGAGAAAAACGUUGGAAGUGACACAGAGCUUUUACCAUCCGAUGGCUGCUGCUGCAAUUUGUCAUGAAGCCAAUGGAAGUCUGAUUACGUCUGCUGACUUCAGUCAUGUAUCAAUCCUCACCAAUAUAACGUCGAAUGCGAUGCAACUUUUUAUUAUGAAAGGUGGCAUGGAAGUGAUGCAACCAAAAGGUACUUCCAAUAUUCUUAUGGAUGAAAUAUAUAAAGACUCUAAAGGAAUGAUUCGUUGGUGCAGUACGUCAGCUGAGGCACCAAAUGAUGUGUCUGAGUUUUUGGUAGCGAACUCCAUAAACUUAGUUUGCUUGUAUGAGGAUUAUAGGGCGAAAUUGGUUUUAUAUCCUGUAACCUCCAUGGGCUCAACAGUCGUUACAUUUUUCUGCAAGUUUGACAAAUCUUUCUUGGCACUGUGCAAAACGAUUGCGUCAAAUUGAAGUUCAAGAACUCGAAAUUUGCAUUGAAUUCAAAAUUUACCUUGUUUGUUAGCAAAUAAUAAAAAUUUAUUUUGGGUUGUGUAUGCUGCACUGCUAAAUAUGGGUAAGAACUGAUAAGACACACUCUUGCUUCUACAAAUACAAUUGUGUCUUCUGUAGUUGGAGGAAGAGCGGUUGUCACGAAGCACUGUUUUCUCUCUUGCAACUUGAAAUAAUUGUAAACUUUUUAUUUCGAAAUUCACUUAAGACAAUGGAAAAUUUAUCCUACGUAUAUUUCAACAACAAGUUACAUGCACUGUUUAUUAGUUGAAAUCAACGUUCAGUUUAUGAUUUUGUUCAGAUGCACCACCAAGAUUUUUAUUUCUGAACCUUAUAAGAGUGAAA